GUUUUGUCAGCAACAUUAUUGCAUGCACAUGUACCUGCCGCUUCUGCAUCCCGAUAAGUUUCCACCGGCUUGUCGACGUCGUCCCGAUGUCCGAUCACCAAUCCCGUCCUGUGCUCACUGUGUCCUGCACCAAUGAACAGUCGACAUCUACUUAUCCAUGGACAGUCCUUCUAUCCAUUGGUUGGACAUACACUACAUGACUGACUAUGUUAUCAAGCUAACAGAUUCUAUGAACUCACGUAUAUGGGAGGAAGGUAGACAGACAUACAGAAUACCAGGUAAUAGUAAGUCGAAGUCUGCUAGUAAGACCCUUGGCUUCGGAAGUGAUCAGACUUUAAUCAGACUUUUAAUCAUUCUCUUGGUAUUUUGUCUUGAUAUUCACACAUGUUAUAGAUAUACUUGAAUAUAUGCAAUCUCAAAAAACCCGGUGCUAAAGGUGCAU